AUGGCUGAUGGUAUUUCCUGUUGUUCAGUGCCAGGUCUUCUGGAAGAGAGAAUAUCCGCUAAGGAUGCACUUGAUGCCGAGUAUUUUCGGACUGACCCCUUGCCUUGUGAUCCAAAAAGCUUACCUAAGUAUGAAUCAUCUCAUGAGUUCCAAACAAAGAAAAAACGACAGCAGCAGCGCCAACACGAAGAAACAGCAAAGCGUCAGAAGCUGCAGCAUGCACAGCAGCAUCCGCGCCUGCCUCCUAUCCAGCAGAGUGGACAAGCACAUCCUCAGCUCCGUCAAGGUCCUAACCAGCCAAUGCAUGCUUCCCAGCCUCCAAUUCCAGCAGGAGCUAGCCACCACUAUGGAAAGCCUCGUGGGCCUUCCGGAGGACCAAACAGAUACCCCCAGAGUGGAAACACCAGUGGACGUGGAGGUCAAGGUGGAGGUUACAGUGGUGGACCAUAUCCACCGCAAGGGCGUGGCCCUCCGUAUGCUGCAAGUGGUAUAUCUGGUGCAGGUCCCAGAGGGGGUGGCAGUAAUUAUGGAGGGGGUGCUCCAAAAUAUACUCAAGGGGGGCCAUAUGGAGGUUCGAGUGUUGGCAGAGGUUCAAACAUGAUGGGUGGUAAUCGGAAUCAACAGUAUGGCUGGCAGCAGUAAUAGGUGAUUACUGAUAUUUAUUCUCUUCGGACUUUCCCCUGCAGUGAUAUGGGGUAAAUAAAGGAUAUCAAAGAAAAGUGGAGGAUCAAAUUCAAAAAAAAGAAAAAGAAAAAGGGGUUGGCUGUGUGUUGAAGGGUUUUGAUGUUUUGCAGCAACAAAACCUGAUAAAUUAGAAGCUUCUUGUUGAAACAUAGAUUCUGUUUCCAUUAUACCUUUUGAUGUAAACCUAAAUGAAAAGAAUGAUUUGCGCAACGGUGUUUCUGGAAAUAUUAUCUGAAAAGAAAUGAUGAGUUGCUCAACGGUGUUUUCUGGAAAUAAUAUCUGAAUUUUCAUUGUUA